AUGAACGAUACAACAUACUUGUUACAACUUAGUGAUUACCAGAAUCGUAUAUGUAAAGCAAAGAGCUUUGAUUGGAAGUUAGUAGCAGACUCUCUUCGAUUCCUGCGACAGUCCAAGCUCAGAGUGCCAAUGCUUGUUGCAAGGAAUGGCUAUCGACUUGUGACCAAUCACUUCAACAAUAUAAGACAGCAUGAAGUUUAUGAUGUUGUUGAACAGGUCAUAUUGGCAUUAUUGGAAUGUGGAUUGAAUGAUCAGGCAGCAGAGCUUAUAGAGAAGGUGGCAAUCAAGUUUGGAAAGACUAGUGUUAGAGUACGUCGUUUGCAAGCGAUGCUCGAUGAGAGUCGAUCGAUAUACUACAAUGCCAACGAUACAUAUUUGGAUAUAUUGGAGAAGUACCCUGCUGAUAUGAUGUCGAUGAAGAGACAGGUAUCGAUAUUGAAGGCCAAGGGCAUGUAUGUGCAGGCGGCCAACCUACUCAACACCUUCCUACAAGUGUACAUGGGUGACUUUGAGGCCUGGCUUGAGCUCGCCUCCCUUCACAUCCGCAUGUUGAAUUACCGCAACGCUGCAUUCUGUUACGAAGAGCUCAUACUCAUUCAACCACUGCACCAUUCAAUCUACGUCAAGUAUGCAGAGAUCAUGUACAGCAUUGGAGGUGCGGAUAACUACAUCAUUGCACUCAAGUACUAUGCACAUUCAUUGGAGUUGAAUCCAUCCAACCUUGAAUCAGAGAACACAACCUACCCUCCAACCAACCUAUCAGCGAUAUAUGGCAUCAUAAUGAGUAUCUUUGCCUUUUGUAAUUGCCAUGGAGGAUCGACUAGCAAACUGCGACCGGUACAACUUGAGCUGUAUGAGUGGGCACAGGGCGAGCUGAAGCGCAUCACUACCAAGCACUCUCCACUCAAGUUGCCUCUUGUAUCAGCCUUUAUCAAUGCAACCAAUGUAAAGCAGGAGUCA